AUGUGCUCGCGCGAGCUCCCGCCCGAGCCUCCAGCUCGGACGGCGCGCGCGCACCCUUUUGCCUGGAGCGAGGGGGGCCACGGCUGCCUAGGCCACGGGGAGGACGAGUCGAACCCUCUGCUCCCCAAGAAGGUCGAGGCGGCGGCCAAGCACAGUGUCGUCCUGCCGCUCUCGCUACGCCGCUCGUGCGCCCCGCGCGCAUGCCAGCACGACGCCGCCACGGCUGAGGCGGUGAGCGACGCUCGCGCACGGUACGCCGACCCGUCGUCCAACUGGCGCUCGCUCAGCGAGUCCACGAACUUCGAGUGGAAGUUCCUCACGCCGCUCGUUUGGGCGCCCGCCUUUCCAUUCCUACGGCGUGCACCGCCCUCUGUGCGGCCGUACGUCUUUGGUGGCGCCAUCCUGGUCGCCAACAUGCACGGCUUCAACAAUCCAGACUUGAGUGACCUGUAG